AUGUCUACCCCCUCGCCGGCCUUGACGGCCAAGCAAACAGCGGCUCUCUUUAACAUCCUCACGCACCACGAAACAUAUGACGAAAUCGAAGCUCUCAAACAGCCCGAUACCAUCCUCAGCUAUGGCCACCCCUUCACCUCCGAGGCGCCAGUCGCCAACAGCAGUCCGAAAGGCAGCUCAAGGAACAGCUCGAGGAGCAAUUCCAAGACGAGUGCCAAGAGCACGAGUCCCAACGGCAGCAUGAAGAGCGCCAAGAGCGCAAAGGCAUCUACAGAUUCCAUCGCCGCCUCGCCCGUCCUCCAAACCCUCCUUCGUCGCUUCCUCCUCACGCUGCCGGGCCUGCGCGAUCUUCCCGAGGACUUCUGGAGCGUCCGCGUCCAAGGUCUCCUGACGCGCCUGGCGGCUGCUGACCUGUCCGAGAGCUACGACAAGGGCGCCAUGGGCACCAGGAAGACCCUGGCCACGGCCUUUUCGGCCAUGAUUGAGUCGCUCGUCAGGGGGUGUCUCGGCGGGUGUCCGCCCAGCAGAGGCGCCAGCGACAAGGAGGAGAAGUACGAUCUCAAGGAUGCGAAGGAGCUUGAGAGGGCAUUCAACGACGUGCUGUACGGCGUGGUAUAUGGUGACUUGAUCGACGACAUCACCGUCCAUGUUGAGAAGUCGGCCGACCUCGAGGCGCAUUCGCCGAGAAUCGCAGCGGCGGUGGAGUAUGUCAUCUUACACUUGGCAACACUGUUCCAUCAGGUCUUCAUCUUGUCGCCCGAAGGCGAGUAUCUGCGAAAGCUCAUUGAGAGCGUCCACGGCAUGCUUCCGUAUGCUGUCAUCCGCCAAACAUUACGCAUGAGCAAUGCCGCUACCAUGAUGUCCGGUAUGCUGAAGCUGUUCCUGUCAAAGCUGAGUCUUGGUGGUUUCUCGAAUUACAUUGGCCUCACGAAGAACGCCAAUGACGGGAUGAAUCUGCUGCAACGUAUCAUAUCCGUCGUCACCGGCUGGGACAGCGCCGAGUUCAAGAAAACCCUGGACAAGAUCGAAAAGAGGGAAAACGCCCCCAGCAGUGACGUCCUCGCGGCCCUCAAAGCCCACGCCAAAGCCUCCGCCUUGGUUCGCGCCAGCGCGAGAAACGAAUCCCAAAAGUCAUCCCAAUCCAUCAUCACCAUCAUUCUCAACAAGUCCGCCCCGGCGCUCGCCACGAAGCUCUCGACGGACCAGCACGCCCAAUGCCAGGAAUACUACGCCGCGCUCCUGUCGAUUCGCGACCGCGACGAGCUGACGACGGCCCUGUGUACGCAGUCGCCGGACCUCUUCACGCAGACGGUGCGCGACCUCGUCGGCGGCUUCGAGCCCUACAUCCGCGCCAUCCACGACAAGAUUGACCUGCGCGAGCACGUGCAGGACUACCAGAGCUUCGUCGACCAGUUCAUCGCCGCGAGCAAGCCGCAAGCGACGGGCGGCGCGGGCGCCGAGACGCGGCUGCCCUCGGUCGAGGACUACGUGGCGCUGCUGCGCACGAACAGGCACAUGCUCUACCGGUGGAUGCACCACGGCGCGGCGCAGGCGCCCGAGGUGCGCAACGUGUUCAAGGGCUGGGCCAAGGAGGCGGUCGUGCACUUUCGCAAGCCGGGCGUCGAGGUCGCGGUGCCGGGCUCGUCGGCGCACGUCGAGGGCACCAUGGUCGAGAGCAUGGCGGACGCGUUCGCUGCGCUGUCGGAGGAGGUGCGGGGCCCGCUGCUGCCCGUCCUUGAUGCGCACGCCGGCCACCUCGACGCGCUCGAGGCGCUGUCCGUGGGGCGCAUGCAGCAGAUCAUCGACGGCGGGUCGUCGACCAUGGCGGGGCCGGGCAUCUUUCUCGUGUCGUGGCAGGCGCUGCUCGACAGCACGCUCAUCACGCCGGCGACGCCUGACGGGGCGGUGCGGCGGGGCAAGGACGUGCAGAACAAGACGGUGGAGGGCAAGGCGGGCGCGACGGAUGAUGCUGGCGAGACUGAAGAGGACAAGGAGACGAGGAAGGAGGGCGAGGAGGCGCGGAAGAAGGUCUUGGGCUCGCUGCCCGAGGGUCCUGACGUGACGCCGGUUGUUGAGGUGAUGGGCGCUGUCUUCCGCAAGCUGAUUGCGGAUGCCGAGGGAGGCAGCGACUCUGGCAGUGAUAUUUCGAUAGACUAG